AUGGCAGAGCGGGAGGCGCCCGCCGCCUGGCAGGAGCCCCGCCUCCCUCCGGCCUCAGCUGCCCGGGUGCCGCCGCUCCAACUCGUCCGGCCCAGCCGCGCGGCAGGCCGGGAAGGUUCCGGGCCAGCCAUGGCCGACUCGGCGGCGGCCGCCGCCGCCCCGGAGCCCGCGGGGAAGCCGCUGCAGGGCGCCAUGAAGCUGGCCAAGGGCGCCCUCGAGCUGGACGCCGGGGACCGGCCGCGGGAGGCCUACGUGGAGUACCUCAAGAGCAUCAGCUUCAUCUGCCAGGCCCUGCUGGAGGAGGCAGCCGCAAAAGCAGACGGAGGGGCCGUGACGUCCGAUACCCCCAAGAUGCUGAAGGUGGCCGAGCAGUGCCUGGAGCGCGCCAAGAGCAGCAUUGCCAAAAUCGGCCAAGCAAAGGCCAGGCUGUCCCCGGAGGGAGCGCCGGGCCCGGCUCCAGCCUCGCGGCACCGCAGGGUCUUCUCGGACGAAGGCGGGAAGCUGUCGCCGUUCCUCCCCCCCGAGAUGUUCCAGAAGCUGCAGAUCACCGACGUGCAGAGCGCAAAGAAAGAGCUCAGCCCGCUGGAGGAGGCAUCGCUGCAGAACCAGAAGCUCAAGGCCACCUACGAGGCCCGGCUGGCCCGGCUCAAUCCCAGCCAGGCCAUGCAGAAGACCUCUCUGACGCUUUCGCUGCAGCGGCAGAUGAUGGAGAACCUGGUGAUCGCGAAGGCGCGGGAAGAGACACUGCAGAGGAAGAUGGAGGAGCGCCGGCUGCGGCUGCAGGAAGCUGCCAACAGGAGGUUCUCCGGCAACGCCGUGCUGACCGCGGAGGAGCAGCAGCAGCGGGCACUGUAUGCCGCCAUCCUGGAAUACGAGCAGGACCACGAGUGGCCCAGGGUGUGGAAGGCCCAGAUGAAGAGGAGCCCCCCCGACCCGUCCCUGGUGCCCAAGCUCAUCUCCCACCUGCUCAGCUGCGCGGAUCACCCCGUCUGCCAGCUGCUGAGGAAGCUGCAGUGCGCCGUCUACAGCCGCAUCUACCCGCUUGUGAGCCGCGGCACGGCGGACGCCCGGCUGGCCGGGAGGGCCCUCCGCGGGCUGUCGCUCUCCUCCUCGCUGGACGCGGAGGCCUUCCCGGCCGCGGAGGGGCGGCGCCUGCGCGCCUCGCAGAGCUUGUAUUCCAUGUUCCCCGUCCGGGAGAACGACGCGCUGACCCUGCGGCACAGCGUCUCCGCCGCGCCCUUCGUCGAGGACCCGGCCCCGGGCCGCCCACGCUCCCCCCAGGCGCCGGCCCGGCCCCCGGAGGAGCCGCCCCCCGCCCCGCCCGCCCCCCGAGAGAGCUCCUUCGAGGACCUCGAGCGCUUCCUGUCUGCCUCCGAGGCCUGGGCCGGGGGGCCCCCGCACGAGCCGCCCCCCCGGGAGGCCCCCUCCCAGCAGGAGCAUCUCAAGGCGGUCGUGAAGGAGAUCCACAACGCCAUCGACAGCCUCAGCUCCCUGACCCUGCUGGCCUUCGAGAGCCUCGGCUCGGCGGCCGCCAAGGACCAGUGCGUGGCCUGCCUGGAGGAGGCCUUCUUCGCCCCGCUCUGGGCUCCGCUCCUGGCCGUGUACAGGGGUGUCUACAGGACGCGGGAGGCCACCCUGGCCAGGAACAUGGAGCUGCACGGCCACCUGUCCCCCGCCGACUUCGGCAUCUCUGCCAAGCUGCUGCCGCAGGGGGGGCAGCCCCGGGGGACGGGGUCCUAUCCCUACUGCGCCGCCGUGCAGGAGCUCGCGCUGCUUCCCCUGGGCAGUUGCCCGCAGAAGAAGCUGGAGUGCAGCGUGCGGACGCUGCGCGUCAUCUGCGAGUGCGGCGAGGAGUACUGUGGGGGCCGAGAGGGGGCGCCCCAGCCGGCACCGGCUGCCAUAGGGGCCGACGACCUGCUCCCGAUCCUGUCCUACGUGGUCCUGAAGAGCAACCUGCCCCAGCUGGUCUCGGAGUGUGCCGCCCUGGAGGAGUUCAUCCACGAGGGGUACCUGAUCGGGGAGGAGGGCUACUGCCUGACGUCUCUCCAGAGCGCGCUCUCCUACGUGGAAUCGCUGAAGGGGCCCGUCCGGCAGAAGUAGCCGAGCUCCGGGGGCCCCGGGCCUCCCUCCCGCGGGAGCGCCAGGCGAGACGCAGCCGCACACCCGCCGCCGCCGCCUUUCCCCGCCUGCCGAAAAGAAACC